UUCGCUUGAUCUCAAGCACUCUGGACGCGUUUCGCUCUGAAAGCUGUUCUGCUCUGUAUUUCUCUCUCUCUUUCUCUCUCUCCCUCUCUCUCUCUCCCUCUCUCUCUCUCUCUCUCUCUUCUUUCUCUUUCUCUUUUUUGACACGCACACGUACGUGGCGCGUGACACGCGACGAGACGUUGAUCGCACGCAGUGUAUCAGAAAAAGAGAGAGAGAGAGAGAAAGAAGGAAAGAAAGAAAGAAAGAAAGAGAAAGAAACACUGAGCUGAUCCGAUGGUGAAGCUGCGACGAACUUCGCAAGAUGGUGAGACUUCCUCAACGACGGGGGGUGAUCGCCUUGCCAUAUCCGGUUGCUCGAGAUUUAAAGGAUAUCGAAGAAAACGCCUCAUUCGAGUCAAAGUUUUGAAGAUGUUGUCGCCGAGACGAUCGGACUCGGAGGGUACAGCCGGGGGUAGCAAAGACGACGAAAACGGUGCAAAGGCGUUCCUAUCGACAGGACGAACAGGAAGAAGGAACGCGUUACCGGAUAUUCAUGGAAGACAUGCUGCGACCAGUAUCUCUGAUCUACCGGAUCGUUUCGGAGAGUUAUCUACCGAAGCAGAUCGUAGCAUGAACGUUGCUGGACGGGAACCAAAUCAACCGAGUAUGUCGAAACAACACGUUGGUUGACACGUUUCUUAUAUUUAUUCGAUCAAGUCUUAUUUUAUUCAGGUGGCAAGCCUGCCUAAUAUAAAUUUAUAUCAAAGGAACGAUAUAUAAUCAUGCUCGUUCUAGUAACACAGUACGAUAGUACGCAUAGACAUACGUAUAUACAAAUAUUAAUAACAGGCGCUGCGUGCUUUUUAAAGUUGAAAAGAUCGAAAUCUUUUCUUUGAUCUCUCUUUCUUUCGAAUAGCAAUGGCUCGUCCAACUAUUGCUAUCGUUAUUUAAUAUACGUAUAUAUGUAUCUAUAUAUAUAUAUGUAGUUUCGUUCAUCUGUUUUCUUUCGUCAUCGUUUAAUCGAAUUUACAGAGCGCAACGAUACUCUACGAUAAUAAUAUUUCUAUAAACGAUUCUUCUUUCGUGAAAUAACGAUUAAACAUCAACAAGUUAAUACGAAGUUAAUAAUAACGAGAUAGUAUAGUAUUGCGAUAAACUCCGUGAACAUUGAUAGAUAUGCGAACGUUUAUUAAACGUUAAUUUUUGUAAUUAAUUAAUACAUUACACUUUUAUCUGUGUUGUUACGUUUUUCUUAAAUUCUUUUACGAAAGGACUCGAAUAUUUUCUUUCGAUUUAUUUUAAUAAAACUCUAAGUAGAACUCGAUUAGAUCGCCAUCGGCAAUAUCGUUUUUCGUUAGAUGUCGGUGACGUAAAUUAUUUAUGACGACAAACGAUUGUAAUCGCGCACUUAUUGGUAUAACACGUUAUCUUAUUAUCGUUGUAUACAUUAUUUAUAGUUCGCAACAAGCAAUUCUUACAGUAUUUUGACUAAUAUAUAAAUAGAGGGAAAAGGGAGAUUUUAUAGUAAGUGAUAUUUCAAGUUUCUACGACGAAACUUUAACGGUGUAUGUAUGUAUAUAUAUAUAUGUAUAUAUAUAUAUAUAUAUAUACACACACCCACAUUCUUCGUGUAAAUACGUCAUCUCUUUUCUGUAUAAGAAGAAUCCUGUCUGCUCGCAUGGACACCCUUCGUUUGUGAAUUAUUGCGAAAACGAUUAAAAGGAUGAUAAGAUAUUUCAUGAAUAGCACAUAUGUCCUUUAAUUUUACAUAAUUGUACAUACGAUAGGUCAGAGAAAUAUUCGAUCAUUUCUUUCAAAUCUUACUUAGUAUUAACUUUUGAGUAGAUACGGAAGUAAACGGUUAUUUAGUUUUACAAAGUGAUCGAAUAUUUCUAUGAUCUACUGUUCCAUUUACAUUUCAUCCGAUAAUACAUACACACAUACAUCUCUAUAGUUUUUACGCGAGGAAAAAAUAUUUUUGGAUUGUAAAACUUACUGUUAGGUGUCAUUGUAAUUUAUAGAUAAGUCUUCAUAUGCAAUAAUUUCCACGUGAUCCGUUCUUUCGAUCGCAAUCGAUAUCGCGUUUUUGUAUUUCUGAAAAAGAGAACAAUAAUUAUAAAUUUCAUAAAUAAUCAUUAUUUGAAAAACACAGAAGUACUUGUUAGACAUACUCUGUCGUUUUUGUUUUGUUUUUAUUUGAAAGAUCGAAUUGGUAUUAUAACGAUUAGAUAACGAUUGGAAUAAAAUGAUUAUAGUAUUAACAAUAAGAUUAUUGUAACACUCGAAACUCGAUAGUAACAUAAAGUAAUCGUCAUUUAAUAAACUAACGCGCAUUUAACGUUUGAAAAAUAAAACAGUAUGUAUAGAUUGAUAAUGUGUAACGAUUUAUAAUUAAUGUAAUAAUUUCGUGCGAAUGAAUUUAAAAAGAUUUUCAAAUCUUUCACGAUAAGGAAUUGUUAUCUACGAAUACGUGUGACUCUCUCCGCACGUUGAUGGGUAAUGAGUAUUUAUAUUUUCCUCGAUAUUGAAAUUAAAUGGACGUGUUUAUAUUGGCGUGUACGUAUCUACGUACAUACACAUGCGUAUGUAGGUAUAAUAUAUAUAUAACGAAUGUAAACAAGUCAGGUUGACCUAUAAGGAACGCGUAUAUUACAUGUGUAUAUUUAUGAGCCUACAUUAAUCAUGAUUUAACAUCAAUUUUCAAUUUAACAAAGUUUUUUUCUGUAACAUAAAUAUGUACAUAUACAAAUGACGACGAAGUUACUUACUUUUAGUACGAAAAAAGAUCGGGAUAGGAUGAAACAGUUACUAGUAAGACGAUCGAUAUACACAUCGUAGAAAUAUAUAGAUGAGUCAUCGGAGAUCGUACGAAAUACCCAUUACGCGAGUGCGUAUUUAUUAUUAUUUAAGAAAAGGAAAUCUCGUUAAAAGAAUCUCAUCUCGCAAAGAGGAAGCACGUUCGAUGAAAGCACGUUUAUCUAUGUAAGUAAGAUACAUGUAUGAAGAUGCAAUAUACAAGAUCUGAUUCAUUCGUAUCGUAAGGGUAUUAAAAGAAGAAAAAAAAGAAAGAAAAAAGAAAUAAACUCCAAUAUUGUUUUUCUUCAAAGGUCCAUUAAAUUCGUGAUAUGACAUACUUUAUAUCGGUUUCUAUGGGAUACGGGAAGAAGGCUAACGAAGGUUUGUAAAACUAUAUAGAUAGAUUGUAAUCAUUGAAGGGGAUUUAUAGAUUGUUAAGCGAACGAACGAGGUGUAAGCUCGCACGAGAGAUUUACGUACGUUUCUAUCUAUGUUUGUGUCUUUACAUAUAUAUUAAUAUGCAUGUGUUACAGUAGUACAUAAAUACGUAUGUAUUGCAAGUAUGUAUGGGAUAUAUGUGUAAGCGAGUCGUGCUUUUACUUGGAAGCCGAUGCAGCUGCGACCCUAUGACGAUGGAAAAAUUUUGUUUGCGCAGCUUGUCAGUAAGGUGUUUGCGUUUACGCGUUACUCUUUUCAUCAACCGGUAUAUAUAUAGAUAUUCUAGAUAUAUAAAUGUGUGUAAGCGCGCGCACAGUAUUGGUUAUGCUGCUAGGGUAGACUCUUAUCGGAUCGUCGACACCCCUAGUACGAGAACGAAAGCCACAGCAGCGUUCGUUCGCUCUAUCGCCAAGAAGAUGAUGGAUGUAUCCAACUUUGAUAUGCACACGACGUAUCUUACGCGAUCAUUAAGCAUUUCUGAAAAUAAAUAUACUUGCUAUAUUAUGUCAGUAUAGGCCGUUUGACGAGUUGUAAGACGUUCGCUCGUUAUCGUUAUUUGAAAAUGAAGAGCCACUAUUAAUUGUGACUGUAUUAUGUUUCUUUUUCGGACAUUUAAUGAUAAGUGAAAGAGAGAGAGAGAGAGAGAGAGAGAGAGAGAGAGAGAGAGAGAGAGAGAGAGAGAGAGAGAGAUCAAUAAUGUCGAUAAAAUACACACACUCACAUACACUCACUAUCGCGAAUAAUUAUUAAAAAAUAUACCACAAAUACAUAUUCUACUCUUGUA